GGCGGCGCCUGACCUGCAGAGCGGAGCGCAGUCCCUGCAGCCGCCGCGGGAGGCGACCGCGACAAGAUGAAGCUUAUCAUCCUGGACAACUAUUCCCAGGCCAGCGAGUGGGCGGCCAAGUACAUCAGGAACCGCAUCAUCCAGUUUAACCCGGGGCCAGACAAGUACUUCACGCUGGGGCUGCCCACCGGGAGCACUCCACUCGGAUGCUAUAAGAAACUGAUUGAAUACUACAAGAAUGGUGACCUGUCCUUUAAGUUCGUGAAGACCUUCAACAUGGAUGAGUACGUCGCCCUGCCUCGCGACCACCCAGAGAGUUAUCACUCCUUCAUGUGGAAUAACUUCUUCAAGCACAUUGACAUUCACCCUGAGAACACCCACAUUCUGGAUGGGAAUGCUGCUGACCUGCAGGCCGAGUGUGAUGCCUUUGAAGAAAAGAUCAAGGCCGCGGGUGGGAUCGAGCUCUUUGUUGGAGGCAUCGGCCCCGAUGGACACAUCGCCUUCAAUGAGCCAGGCUCUAGUCUCGUGUCCAGGACCCGCGUGAAGACACUAGCCAUGGACACCAUCCUGGCCAAUGCCAGGUUCUUCGAUGGAGAUCUGACCAAGGUGCCCACCAUGGCCCUGACGGUGGGCGUGGGCACCGUCAUGGAUGCCAGAGAGGUGAUGAUCCUCAUCACGGGCGCGCACAAGGCCUUCGCGCUGUACAAGGCCAUCGAGGAGGGUGUGAACCACAUGUGGACCGUGUCUGCCUUCCAGCAGCACCCACGCACCGUGUUUGUGUGUGAUGAGGAUGCCACCUUGGAGCUGAAAGUGAAGACUGUCAAGUACUUCAAAGGUUUAAUGCUUGUUCAUAACAAGUUGGUGGACCCCUUGUACAGCAUCAAGGAGAAAGAAAUCGAGAAGAGCCAGUCUUCUAAGAAGCCGUACAGCGAUUAGUGUGUGCUGGGGACCUGCAAUGGCGUACCU